AGCCCAGUGCCGAUGAGUGCCCGGGCGCCAAAGGAGCUGAGGCUGGCGCUGCCGCCGUGUCUCCUCAACCGGACCUUUGCUUCCCCCAACGCCAGCGGCAGCGGCACCGCGAAUGCCCGCGACUCGGGUGCGGGAGGCGGCGGCGGCGGCACCUGCAUCACGCAGGUGGGACAGCAGCUCUUCCAGUCCUUCUCCUCCACGCUGGUGCUGAUUGUCCUGGUCACCCUCAUCUUCUGCCUCAUCGUGCUGUCCCUCUCCACCUUCCACAUCCACAAGCGUAGGAUGAAGAAGCGGAAGAUGCAGAGGGCGCAGGAGGAAUACGAGCGGGAUCACUGCAGCGGCAGCCGCGCUGGCGGGGGGCUGCCCCGGCCAGGCAGGCAGGCCCCAAACCACGCGAAAGAAACCCGGCUGGAGAGGCAGCCCCGGGACUCUGCCUUUUGCGCCCCCUCCAACGCCUCCUCCUCCUCCUCGUCGUCGUCCUCUUCCUCUUCGUCCCCUGGCCUGCCGUGCCAGGGCCCCUGUGCUCCUCCGCCUCCACCGCCAGCCUCCAGUCCACAAGGAGCACACGCAGCCUCCUCCUGUUUGGACACAGCUGGCGAGGGCCUUUUGCAAACGGUGGUACUGUCCUGAUUAUCUAAGCCCCACUCUUCUCCCCUUCCUCAUUUCCAGCAUCUUUGCCAUCCUUGCUUUUUCCCUCCUUCUUCCCUUUUCCGUUUUCCUCUGGCCCCUCUGUCCUCUUCCUGGUUUCCUUAUCCGCCCUCCCCUGACUCUGUUUCUCCUCCGCCGAGGCACUGUGCGGUUAUUUGUAAAUAUCGGGCGAGGAAAGUCUCGGAAGAAGAACUAACGCUGAUAAUACUUUAUUAAUAUUUAUAGUAAUUAUUAUAAUACUAAUAACACAAUCCAAGCGCAUGACAAAUCACAUAAUUUCUCAUUGUCAAUGAAGGAUGCAUCUUCCCACACUUCCCUGUGCUCCCCUCAGUAAGGAGGAGAAACCAAACAAGCUACCAAAUAUAUCAAAGGCAUUGACCACCGGAGCAAAGGGAGAGGAGGGGGCCUGGUAAUGUAUAUAGCUGUCAAGUUAAGGUUUAGUUUCUUUCCUUCCCCUCUGCCCCCAUAAGCUUUCACUUUUCCUUUAGCUCCCCUCCUCUCCCUUCCCCAUUCCCACUCUCAGCCGGGCUCAGGCAAUCGAAUAUUAUAAAGAAAACGUCUACAUUGAGCACCAGGACUACAAGAGGCCACAGAGAAAGUCUCAGAAAAGCGUUUAUGAGAGGUACCCCUCUCCAGUCAGUCCUUUUCUUGGUUAACCAUUACUUUUUCCAGAGCAGAGCACUUAAUUUACUUUUUAAAAAUGUCCCUCGCUGGCCGAGCAUAAGUAUGUUAACAUCUUUAAAUGACUUAAAAAAAAAAAAAAAUCUAACGCUUUCACUCCCUGCCCCGCCCCCACCUGUACACUUUGGACUUGUGACAUUUUCAGGAUUUACAGAGAAUCCGUGAGCUGUCCAGCCAAGUCUGGUGCUGAAAAUCGCCUCACUGUACUGGUUACUUCCUCUGGUUGUGCAGGCGGAGGAGGGGCUGUUUUGGAAAGUGACUAUUCUGGCUUUUGGUUGGUUUCUUUCUUCUUUUUAUACAAUCGGGUUAGUGUGCACUAUUGGUUUUCUUCUUAUUAAACAUUGCAUAAGUUACCUUUUUGUAAAAAAAAAAAAAGUAUUAGGUGAUGUGCAGUACUGAAAUUGCAGUAUCUAACCAACUAGAAUGUUUCCGUUUUAUUUUUAGAACAAGUGCACCUUUGUUAUAUAUUUAUUAUAUUGGUACCAAAUACAGAAGAAAACUAUAGUUCUGUACUACAUCCUCCAAACUGUGUAUUCUUGUUCUUAAUUUCCAGCUGUUGAUAUAAUGGUUACCACUGGAUGGAGAAAUUCAGUGGUGCAGACCUGGCUUCUCCUGUUUCCAGAAGUGUUCUUUUGUACCUUACUCUGUAGUAGACUGUUAUAAAAAGAUGAUGCACAUGUUUUCUUUUUUCUUUUGCGAAUAACAGAAACAACCACCACGACAGAAACAAACAAAUAAUGGAUGUGCAGGAAUGCCAUCUAUUAAAACAUGGUUAAUAUUUAAACAGUGCCUGUAGUUCUCCCUGCAUGCAGUUACCACCUGGAGGCAGUGGUGUGUGUGCUUGCUUGUACUGUAUGUGUUUGGGGAUGAGACUGGUGGGGAUGUUGGGCAAUUUGGAUGACAGGACAUGCAAAUUUCAAGAGAAGUUAAAUCAAGUAAUUACUUAUAAGAUAAAAAUGUUUGCAGCUUGUUUAGUUAGAAAUCUGUGCCUGCAGCAAAGAAAGGACUCUCUUUUUCUUUUUCAGUCUGGCUUAGCUAACUUCACUGAACAUAUGAAAAAUACUGAGAAAAUAAGAAAGUGAGAGGAGAAGAGAAAAAGUUUGUUCUCACUCCUAAUGCCAGCAAGGCCACCUAUGUGACAAACGGAGUUUGCCUAUGGCUAUUGACCACUUUGUUUCCUUUGGAUGGAUGAUAGAAGGGGCCAGAAGCAUUUUACAGUCUUAAUUGUAUACACUGGUAUCUCUGUUUGGAAACCAAGUCUUUGACAGCUAUUCAAAUGUUUAGGAAAUGUAUUUAUGAGAAUGAUCUACACAAAGCUCAACCAAAAGAGUCCUUACUAUCCUGCAGGGUGUAAGGCAACAGGGCCCCUAUGAGCAUCCCUCUCCCAAGUAACUAGUUUUUCUAGGUUCUGUGUCUUGGUUCUGGGAAUAUGUGCUCUUAUCUAAAGAAAACAUUACCUCUGAUGUUUUUAGUCAUUUAGUAAAUUGCCCAAGCGCAGUCUGCAUCUUUUAUAAAAAUAAUUUAAUAAACUUAUUUUUAAUCACCCAUUAAAUAUCCACCCAAAUACUUUCCUGGAGCACAGAGGAUCAUCACUGAAACAUGCCAUGUUGUAAUAUUAGGAAGACCAAGUAUAACCUUUGGGUACAACAUGUUAAACAAUGAACCAGAUUCUCUCCAGUGCCUUAGUCACUUCUUAGUAAUAAGUUAAAGAGUGCAUUAACUCCCUCAGGCCACUAGGGAAUUCUUUAGUGCAUCAAAGGUCUACACUGUACAUCAGAAUGACUAAGGCACUGUGAAGAAGAAAGUCCAUUAAUUUUUGUAGCUUACUCUCAUCCAGCGGUAGCUCUUUAAUACCUUAUUACAGAAUGACUUUCGGACUUGAAAUUUGAAUAGAAUCAGGGACCCAGAAGGGAGCUUCCUCAUUUCCAGUGAGCUCCACUAAAUGCAUGGAUAUUACUUUUCCCCUUUAUUUGGGGCACUUUUUACAGUGAAUAAUUUCCCAUUUUAUUAAAGCAAUAAGAUGUGUCGUGAGCAGUGCUGGAUGAUGAUUCCAUUUUCUUGGUGCUGAAGCUACUCAUAUGUUCUUGCCUUAUGAAUCAUAGUGCAUUCAAGGCAUGCAAUAAUAAUCCCCUUCCAAGGAGCAGCCUGUACACCCUGAGGGGUAAUUAAUGAAAUUGCCCUAUAUUAUUUUUCCCCAAAGGAAUAGAGGGAGCAGAAGAAAUAAAAGUAUUAUGCAUAUUGUUAAAAAGGAUCAUGAUACUUCAAAACAUGGGCACACAUCUGUAAUAUGCUUUUAUUGUGCACCUUUGAAUGUAUAUGCCUUUCUCCAUUAAUUGACUAUGGUUUAAUAUUUUUAAUAGUGCUCUAUGUAAAGAUGAUGCAGUUUGUGAGUCAAACUUAAUGCUGAGUUUAAUAUAUUCAGAACCCUAGAUUCUGGUGGUAUCACUUGAGGUUUUCUAUGAGAUAGAAAGAGAAUUACACGAAAUUCUAGUAAGCCAGCCCCCAAACCAAAUUAUUGCAAUAAGCACAUAUCUAAGCAAUUUGUACAGACCCUGUUUAAAGCACUGCUUCUUAUAGAGCUCAAUUGGCAGUCUCAGGAGUUUGGGAUGCUACCAACAGGGCAUUUUGGUUUUUAUUUAUAUGAAACAAAAGGCAAUCUGGAAAUAGCUAAAUUUAUUUUAAGGAUUUUAUUCACUGAUGUCCCGUCAAACUAAUUGCUUCAAACUCCUAUAGCUACCGUUCAAUUUCUGCACUUGCUAUUCAGUAUUAUAAUAAGGUGGCAUGCUUGAUUCUUAUUGUUUUUAAAAAUGAGAAAAUUGGAGAGAAAAUACUAUUAUGUCAAAUGUAUGGGACUCUGAAUCUAGAAGAUGUAGAAGGAUAUAAUCUUUAGACUUUAUAUACACCCAUAGAUAUGUAUUUAUAUACGCAUACAUUUUGUACAAAUUUACAAUGGACUUUUUGUAUUCUCUUUUCUGUCAUUACAAGAAUGAGAUGGAAACCAAAUAGUUGUUCCAUCCUCUUAUCCAGAGAGGAUACUAAGAAGUCAGGUGUAUGCAUGUACUUAUUUCUCUGGGGUCAAAUCUGAAUGACUUUCUCUUUAUUUAAGGAAAGGGGAGAGUCUUAGUUAGCUCUGAAAAUUGGUAAUUAGAUAAGCUUCCUUUCCUAGGUUAGUGACUCAAAUGUAGCAAUGAUAAUAAAGUUAUGACCAUUUCAAUAUGGUCUAAAUAUCUAGAUGGAAAACAAAAAUAUCCAGAAGAGGUUUAGGGCCAUCUAGACCAGAAACCUAGAUUGUGGUUCGAUUUUUCAUUUUCAACCUGUAUGUUGUGUAGAGAUACAACUUAUAUCUGCAUAGCUAAAGGUAAAGUAAAAAUAUGACCAUUAUCUCUUUAGUUUGAUAAGUAGCUUUUGGAAAAUAUGGAUAAAUUCGCUUUAAAAAAACUUCUUUGGCAUCUGACUUUUCCACCAUUUCUAUCUGCAGCAAUUGAAUUAAUUAGAUAAUGGUCAAAGUUUUAUUUUUUCUAUUGUGUAGACAUAUGCUUUAAGUGCUAUUUUGUGGAUGACAGUCGAGCAAUUGCUAGCUGAUAUUAUGUGGAAGUUAUAGGUUAAAUUAGAACCAGAAACUUUAAUCUAACCUGACCAGGCUCCCCAGGCCCAUUCCCAUGUGAAUCUGGACUUUGAAUAUGAAUCUGAAAAGCCACUUAUUUGGGCCAUUCUUUUUUGGAACUAGUGAUUGUAGCUCACAGAUGUUUCAGUUCAUAUUAGAAUAAAUUGCCCUAUCGAUAGAAGAGUAUUUAAUCAUUGCACUGAAAAUAAAUCUGAUUCUGAUUUGGUUAUUUAUUUACUUGGUAACAUUUAAGAAACAGCUUAUAUGGCUUGACAUUAAUACUUGUUAUUGUCACCAACCUAAUAAUACAGUUGAUUCCAUGUAGGAAUGCUUAGCUGGGAAUAAGAAUUUAAUUAAAGUUAAAUGGAGACAAUAACUUAUCAAGUUGGUCCUGCCCAAUCGAGGUAGGGAUAUUUCCCCGACACUUGUGAUUAUUUCGGGUUGUUUCUAUAGAGAGAUUAACAGCAACAACAGCAACAAACAGUGACAACAACGACAACGACAACAACAGAAAAACUGACUUUUGAACUUGAGAAUAUCCAACAGAUAGAAUAAAACAGAUAUUAGAAUUCA